UUCGUAACUUCUAAAGACCCACUGGGAAUCGUUCUGCGACCUUAACUGGGUCGGCGUAAUCGAUGAGCCCGAUCGUGUAAGAAAUUCUCGGGUGACACAUCUGUUGACGAGGAGGUCUUUGGGACACCGCACUACGCCCUUUAGCUCCGCCCAAAGGGGAAAUGACGAAAGCGCAGAAAAUGGCGUCCGAGGAUCCAGUGCCCUGCUGUUGCUACCUCCUAGCGGUUUGAUUCAGAGCCCAGUGCGGGGCAGACUCUGCGUCUGGCAAGUGGACGAGAGUGAAAUGGCAGUGUGUCGCUGCCGCCCGCUUUUUUAAUUCCGGAAUCGAAUUUGCAACUUCAUGUCUGAAGGAGCCAGAGCUGCCUGGUCCAAGAGGGGUUGUGGGGAUUUGCACCGCCGAGAACCAGGGAAACACAAACACAGGAAAUGUGAGCGGCCUCUUAACGCUCAGCUGUCAAAGCCUGUGAUUGUUCACCCAGGCUCCAAAAGGUGUGUUAUGUCGGGGGCGGAUGUGGAGGUGUACCUGUCCCAGGUGCAUGAUGGGAGUGUUUCGUCAGGCUUUAGGGCACUGUAUGAGGAGCGUCUUCUGCUGGAUGUUACGCUGUUGAUUGAGGAGCACCACUUCCAGGCCCACAAAGCUCUUUUGGCCACUCAGAGCGACUACUUCCGGGUCAUGUUUACAGCAGACAUGAGGGAGAGGGACCAGGACAAGAUCCACAUGAAGGGACUGACGGCCGCUGGCUUUGGUCACAUCCUCCGCUUUAUGUACUACGGUUCUCUGGAAGUCAGCAUGCUCACGGUCCAGGAGAUCCUGCAGGCGGCCAUGUAUGUCCAGCUGACAGAGGCGGUGGAGUUCUGCUGUUCCUUCCUCCUGGCCAAAAUCUGUCUAGAGAACUGUGCAGAGGUAAUGCGCCUCCUGGAGGACUUCAGCGUGGGUGUGGAGGGGGUCCAGGAGCAGCUGGACAACUUCUUGCUUGACAACUUUGUCCCACUCAUGAGCAGACCUGACUUCCUGUCCUACCUCAGCCUGGAGAGACUACAGGCCAACUUGAACAGUGACGCUUUGAGUCGAUAUUCAGAAAUUGAGCUGUAUGAAGCAGUCCAAGCGUGGCUGCGACACGAUCGCAGGCGCUGGAGGCACACAGACACCAUCGUCCAGUCCAUACGCUUCUGUCUCAUGACACCAGCCAACAUCUUUGAGAAGGUAAAGACUUCGGAAUUUUACCGCUAUUCCCGACAGCUGAGGCAGGAGGUGGACCAGGCGCUCAGCUACUUCCACGAUGUCAACCGGCAACCUCUGGUGGAAUCACACUCCAACCGCAUCCGCUCCGUACGGCCUCAGACCGCAGUCUUUAGGGGAAUGAUCGGCCACAGCAUGGUCAACAGCAAGAUCCUGCUGCUGCAGCGACCAAAGGUAUGGUGGGAGCUUGAAGGGCCUCAGGUGCCGCUACGACCCGACUGCCUGGCAAUUGUCAACAACUUUGCCUUUCUUUUGGGCGGAGAAGAACUCGGGCCCGACGGUGAAUUCCACGCCUCCUCCAAAGUUUACCGCUACGACCCUAGACAGAACUCAUGGCUACGCAUGGCUGACAUGUCUGUUCCCAGGUCAGAAUUUGCUGUCGGUGUGAUUGGUAAGUUUAUUUACGCUGUAGCAGGGCGCACGCGGGACGAGACCUUCUACUCUACGGAACGCUACGACAUCACUGAGGACCGCUGGGAAUUUGUGGAUCCAUACCCAGUCAACAAGUAUGGACACGAGGGAACGGUUCUGAGUGGAAAACUCUACAUCACUGGUGGCAUCACUUCGUCCUCCACCUCCAAACAAGUAUGCGUGUUUGAUCCUGGGCGGGAAGCAGGAGGUGGGGGUGGAGGAAGUGGUGGAGGGAGUUCUGGAGGCCCAGACGCACACCGGACACGCGCUGGACGCGGACCGCUGUUGCCUGGGACACACGCUAGCUGCUGGGAGAACAAAUCCAAAAUGAACUACGCGCGCUGCUUCCAUAAGAUGAUCUCCCACAAUGGGAAGCUGUACGUUUUCGGUGGCGUGUGCGUGAUCCUGCGCGCCUCCUUUGAGUCACAGGGAUGCCCGUCCACAGAGGUGUACGAUCCAGAGACCGACGAGUGGACCAUCCUCGCCUCCAUGCCCAUUGGCCGCAGUGGCCACGGGGUGGCAGUGUUGGACAGGCAGAUCAUGGUGCUGGGCGGCCUAUGCUACAACGGCCACUACAGUGACUCCAUUCUCACCUUUGACCCCGAGGAGAACAAAUGGAAGGAGGAUGAGUAUCCCAGGAUGCCUUGCAAACUGGAUGGCCUGCAGGUAUGCAGCCUACAUUUCCCAGAGUACGUUCUGGAGCACGUGAGACGCUGCAGCUGAGGUCUGUUUUCACAAAGCCACGCAUCCUUUUUUAUAUAAGAGAAAACAAAAGCGCACUGUUUACAGAGUGAGGCCUCCUGCUGGGAGGUGUGAGUCAUUACAGGUCCUAGACUUUUGAUCAGAGGUCAGCACUUAAUCUGCUCUGAGCAGAGCUGCUUUUUUACUCAAGACAGUGAAAACACGUAGGACUAAAAAAAAAUUCACAAAUGGCUUUCUCACUAAAAAAAACCUGGUCAAAAUAAAAACAGCCUAGAGAAAAGCUUUCUCAUUGCUGGUUUUAUGUUGGUACUGUGGUCGAGUUUCCUCUCCGGCUGCACCACCUACUGUCCAGUCAGAAUCACUGCAGAAACGCACUGGAAGCGUUGCAUCCAUUUGUACAUUCACGGGAAAACGUGAAAACACAAAAUUCAUUUUGUAAGUUUGAAUUUCACAGCAGCUCCUGGGGUUGGGCAGUUGGACAAUAUGUUUUUUGAUGUAUUUCCCAAACUUUAAAACUUUUUAAAUAUGCGCUCACUUCAAGUAAUCCUUAAAUUGAAUACAUUUUUAUCACCUGUGACCGACUGGCUUAUUUGACGAUCUAUCAUAUCAUAUCAUUCAACCCCAGCAGCUGUUCAUCUAUAACCUAUAACUAAACUCUCCUCUAUAACAUUUUUUUUCUCGGGAACUAGCUUAGUAAAAGCCGAGCCUUCGGCUAUUGUCAACCAAUAAUAGACAACAACAAGUUCUAAGUAUACACUGAGGUAUAUAAACAAAACUAUAAACACUAUAUACUGUAGUGUAGUUCACUUUAGAGACCGUCUCCGAAUAUAGCCUAUGUACAGAACAGUGUAGAGAUAUUGAGCAAAUGCUGCUGAGGCUUCAGUCUGGUGAGAAGGUGAUAAAUUCAGGUUUCGCUUCCAGUGCGUUCCAGCUUUUCUUUCAGCCCAAACUCUACUCUGUACUUCCUGAUUUCAGCAAAACACCGGCCCAUCUUCACGUGUUAUCCGUUUCUCCCCCUCUGUUGGUCUAAUAAAGUCUCAUUCUAUGUAACAAUCCCUCCUGAUCCCAACCCAGUAGAAAACUACUUACUAUUCUUGGACCAAAGUCUGUUAGGAAAAUCACUCUAGACUCUUUCCGUCAAGGCACAGAGGAGCUGUUGAUGUGUCCACUGCUGUCUUCAUCAGUAUGUGUGUUUUUUCACACAAACUAUUUUGCACUACCUGUGCUUCACCUGCACAAACCUGACAACUCUGAAGCAGCAGUAGAACAGCAGCUCCUCUGUGGCCACAGGCUUAAACCCUUGAUGUUUCUCAGUGUACUCUGGUGACAGUUAUCAAGUGGUUUUACAAACAAAAAAAAUCGAUCAAUUCCAAAUUUUGAUAUAGGCGUAGAUUAAAAAAAAACAAGGCAAAAUGAAGUUUAACAAAAUACUACUAAGUAUUAAAUAUCAGUUUCAUAAGUGUUUCCAGGUGUGAGAGGCUUAUCUGUUAUACAUUAUCAUAAACACGUCAACCUGCCAUGGACCAAAUGUGUUGUUUUGAAUUUCUUCAAUAACCACCAGAGGUCAGUAUAACAUGUUCAUUAAAAAGGGGAAAAAAGACACCAGCAAGGGUUUCCAGACUGUUUUAGGUAAUUUACAUAUUGGUUGAAGAUGAGGUGACUGUAAAAUGAAGGCCAAGUCACAGGAACUGUUGUAGGAACCUUCAAACAAAUAUGAAAAGAACAAAUGAAUGCCCAGUAAUGUGAACUGAGUCUGUGUCUGAGACUUAGACCAAAGUCUUGUCAGGGUUUGUUUCCAAAACAGGAGGAACUACAGCUAUCUGUUUUAUUUAGGCUCUGCAGAAAUGUGUACUUAUUUUGUCCCUACAAGAGUUUCUGUGGUGUUGUAGGCUUUGCAUUUUGACAUUACACAUUGAGUUCUGUUUGAGUUGACACAAUUCGUUUCAGACCUUUCCAGCGAUGCCAAGUUUAUGUUCUCAGAGCAAAAAACAAACAAACUUUUCUGACCUUCUGUCCUCAUUUUUAUGAAAUUCUUUGUUGUGAAAAGGGCUAAAGCUAACACUGAUGCAGUCGUGUCCGUCAGCAGCUGCUCAUUUAACUUAUUUAUUUGUUUUUAUUUAUUAUUGACCUCUUUUUCAUGUUCUGUGAAGGAAUAAUUCAAAACUCCAACGUCUGCAGCUGCUUCAAAUUUAUUCUUAAUCUAAUUAUCUUUAUUUCCGAGAAGCAGAAUUGUCAGCAGGGGGCGUCAUUCUUUGGUAGUACAAUAUACCAUAAUGGUUAAAAACGAAUUUAAAGAAAAAAAGAAUGAGCUGUAUAAGGAAUGUGCACAUUGUCUUCCAUUUUAGAAGCGGGGAAAUUCCCAGUGUAAGCAAAUCAGUGAAUAAAAUCUAGACGUUGCUCAAACAUGAUUGCUGACAGUUCUGUUUUGUUUUUGCUUUUGUUCUGUUUUAAAAUUUCUCUUAAGUAUUAACUGGUUGGUUUUCAGCAAAAAACCGGGAUAUUUAUUAUUAAUUUUCAAACAGUUUCUUUUUAAAAUAAUAAAUUAGAUAUCCAUACCUUUGAUGAGUCAAAUCAUCUCGCACGGUCAGAAGAAGAUUCUUAACCUGUGGUGUAGCUUCACUCUCCUGUCACUGCUUCUCCUCGACAUCGGAUUUGUCCUCUCUCUUCACGUUUCUCCGCUCCUCUUCCUCCUGUUCUUCGUGUUUAAAGUUGAAUCAGCUCCAGCAGCAGCAUCUUCAGUCUUCAGUCUGUCUGUAGGAUAAAGAAAAGUGAGGAUUUUUAGAAAACUCCAACUUACACCUUUGCUCCAGCGUCUGUAUCCGAAAAACACUAUAACCUGCGUAGAAACUCUUUGAAAAUGAUUUGUAACUUUCCACAAAUAAACCUUCAUAAUGUUCAA